AUGAGAAAAGUGCAAGACGUCCUUGACCAGGUUGUGAAGUUCUUUACCAUGCCCAUCUGUGGCACGCUUCUGGUGGUGCAGACGCUCCACUUACUCGCUCAGUGUCCGAUGCAUGGUUUAAUCCGGCUACUACUCAACGAACAAUGCGCGCUGAGACGAAUACGAAAUUAUGACAAGCCGACUAUUAAUUUCACCAAAACCUAUUUAACCAGACUCAGGCCCGAGCUCCCGAGCCCGGGGGUCGCCCGACGUCCGAAUGGAUCGUGGAUAAUAGCUGCGCGGACCAACUCCGACCCCCCACGCAUCCCACUUCCCCGCCUCCACAUCUCAGUCGUCUCGCUUCUUAAGCCGAUCGCGUCCAGCAUUCCAGGUUUUCGGUCGUUCGCACUCUUUCAGCAGUCAGUGGCGAUAAUUCAAAUCAUAAUGUCGAAACCCUCAAUCGGCUUCGUUGGCCUUGGAGCCAUGGGCUUUGGCAUGGCCACCCACCUCGUCAAGCAAGGCUACCCUGUGCAUGGUUACGAUGUUUUCCCUGCUUCUAUUGAGCGGUUCAAGGCCGCUGGCGGUAUUCCUGCUUCUACGCUCCGUGAAUCUGCUGAGGGUAAGAAGUAUUACAUUGUUAUGGUCGCUUCUGCGCCGCAAGCGCAGUCUGUUCUCUUUGGAGAUGACAGUAUCGUGCAAUACCUCCCUCAGAACGCAGUCCUCAUGCUGUGCUCGACCGUGUCCGCCUCAGAUGCCCAGUCCGUCGUUACAGAGCUACAAAACCGCGGUCGCGGCGAUAUACUCUUCGUCGACAGCCCUGUCUCCGGCGGCGCAAAGCGCGCCGCGGACGGAACGCUCUCAAUCAUGGCCGGCGCGACCGACGAAGCCCUCAACGCUGCCCGCGAUAUCUUGCAGGAAAUGUCGGAUGAGAAUAAGCUAUAUCUCGUCCCAGGCGGCAUCGGUGCAGGCAGCAACAUGAAGAUGGUUCACCAGGUCCUCGCAGCAAUCCACAUCUGUGGUGCUAGCGAGGCCAUGGGAUUCGCAGCGCAUCUCGGCUUGGAUGCUCGGGCGACGGCCGAGGCAAUCUUUGCUUCGGAUGCGUGGACAUGGAUGCACGAGAACCGAUUCCCUCGGAUGGUGGAGGAGGAUUGGACGCCUGGUGCGAGUGCGCUGACCAUUAUUCUGAAGGAUGCUGGAAUCAUCACCAGCUCCGCCCGUCAACAUCGAUUCCCCACCCCUCUUUGCUCGACCGCAGAACAAGCCUACCUCGCUGCCCUCGUGCACGGUUGGGGCCCCAAAGACGACUCAGCGAUGAUCCGACAAUACUACGCCAAGCCCCUCUCGGAGGUAUCUCCCAGCGCCGACCCCAAAGCCGCCACCGAGCUUGUCCUUGAGCUCAUGCGGGGCGUCAACCUUGUCGCGGCGGCCGAGGCGGUCGCAUUCGCACGAUACCUCAAGGUCGACCUCGCGCAGUUCCACGGGCUUGUCAGUCAAGCUGCCGGCGCCAGCAAGAUCUUUAUUCAGCAGGGUCUGGAGAUGAUUGAAGGACGUAUCGGGGAUAAAGCCCCGGAAGGCUCGCCUACAGUGGGUCAAGCUGCUGCUAAACUAGAGGCUGUAGUGCAAAAGGCGCGAGACCUUCACUGCCCGUUGCAUCUGGGGAAUGCGGCUUUGAACGUGCUGUUCCAGGCGCAGAGACAUGGGUCGGGCGGACAGAGCAGUACCAGUGUGAUUCGUGUUUAUGGGUAA